UCGUUUUUCGCUGCCACGCCAAUUUCAUGUGUAUCCUACCUUCAAGAAUGGCUGCACAGAUAUCCUAUUUUCAAGUAGAUGUAAUUGCAGAAUUUCACUUCUGCUGUCACAAGCUCAAGGCAUUUAAACCCAAUUUUGUCAGUACCAAUAGAGAAUCCUCUCUACCCAUCUCAGGAAGAUCUAUACAGCUGUGCAGCAAUGGCAAUCGUGAAGUCAAUUGGGUGGAGCACAUUUGGGCAAAAUGCUACUGGUCUGUUUGUUACCCACCAAAAACAUAAAAGUCCUCGGUUACAGAAGAGAUUCAUGGAUGGAAUUUAUUUUGCAUAUGGAGAAAGAUAUUAUUGUAUUAACCGCUGUGCAUGUCUGAGGUUAUUCUAUGAAAGAUUUUCUAGGUUUCCUAUUGUUUGUUGCAACGGGCAUGGUAAAAAUUCACUUCCCAAAGUAGAUGAAUCAAAUAUUGUAAGAAAAACAAAUGCUAUGGACAUUGCUAUUCUAUCUAAUGGACCUGGUGAAGUGGUAACAUGGGUAAAACCUACUGUACAUGCUUUGAAGCAAUACUUCAGUGAGAAAGGAUCACGUCUACGCAUCUCGGUUCUCUUAACUCCAUGUCCUCAUGCUUCAGGCGGAGAACUGAAUCUUGUUCAGUCUUUUGAAGAAGUGGACAGGUGUCUUGGUCCAGAUCAUUUCCUGCAAUGGUUUUUUCUUGGUGAUUUUGGGAAAGGUUGGGAAUGGAGAAAGAGAGGUGUAUGCAUGUGCUUGGGUGGAGAUCAGUUGUUUACAUUGGUCUUGGGAAGAAGGCUUGGUUAUAGAACUAUUAUUUAUUCUGAAGAUUUGGUGCAAUGGCCAGGUCUGGCAGAUAUAUAUGCAUUGUCAGUAUGUUCUUUGGUUGAAACUGCCCAUAAACAGGCAAAGAAAAGAUGCAGGGUCGUUGGUGAUCUUUCUAGGGAUGCAGUUUACAAAUCAGGGGACUGCAUCCAUUCUAAAAAUUCAAUAACUCUUGUCCCUUCACUUUGUAAUCUUCGAAAUGGAUCAAAAUCUGUAUUAAUUGUGGGGAUUCUUCCUGGAUCAAAGGAUGUAAAGCUCUGUAUGGGAGUGCCAUACUUCAUAACAGUAGCAGAACAUAUAGAAGAAAGACUAGGAAAAAAUGUUCGCUUCGUAUUACCUUUGGCACCAACUGUGAGUUUGAGCAAGCUUGAAUACUAUGCAGACCCAAAUCAGAACAAGGUUAUUUCAAGGUUUGAGUGGGGGAGUGGGCAUUUAGUGGCACAAACUCCAAACAAACAUUCUGGCAUGAUUGGAAAUUUAGUGUCAAAGAAUGGCUUAAACAUUGAGAUUUGGCAAGUUUUUCCAGCUUACAAUAUUUUGAAAGAAUGCACAUUAUGCAUUACAACUAUUGGUACUAAUACAGCAGAACUUGGUUAUCUUGGGGUUCCUAUGGUGGUCGUGUUUCCUACACAUGUACUUGAGGUUUUCGGGGUUACUACAGGAGGGCUGAUGGGCAUGUUGGCAAAGUUACGUGGAAUUAUUGGAGAUAUAGGUGUAAUUUUGAUGAAUUUGGUGAAACUAAAGAGCUCUUCCUUUCUUGCAUGGCCCAAUAGGUGGGCACAAGAAGAGAUUGUUCCUGAACUUGUCAGUCGUAUUGAACCGAAAGAAGUGGCAGUGAAGGUCAUUGAUCUUCUUGAAUCUCCAAACACGUUAAAGAAUAUGCGAGCAACAUUAUUGAGAGUGAGUAGUGAAGUGAAGCAGAAGUAUGAAGAAAAAGAAGCAAAAAACAAUGAUGAUCCAGCCAUUGCAAUUAGUCGUAUUGUUGAUGAGUUGAUGGAUGUAUGAUUUUCUUUUUGAGCAGGAAUUAAUCGUCCCAUAUUACCGAACCAUUUGACUGAUCUUGAAUUUAUCAUGUAUUAAGACGAGGAAGAGACAGUUAUCCAAAUUCCAAUGCGCAUAUUAGGAGGUUGAAGUGAUGUUUAUGAUAUAAUGCUUGCAAAUUGUAGGAAUUAUGAUACGCGACUGCUUUAACAGAGUACCUUUUCUAGAGAGGAUAUUUUUUAGUCUUCAUAGCACACUCUGCUUAGUAGGCUCAAUCGAACUUCUUUUAACGUCAACUUUAAUCUAAAGCAGUAUAGAAAUGCAUUUUUAACAUGGAA